AAAGAGACAAAUAGCUGAGGUCACGCCUCCUGUCAUUCCUCGCCGCUUUCAAAAUUUCCCGAACCCGACGCCUCCAUCUUCUCCCCCUCUCUCUCUCUCCAAAUUCCAGCGCGCCUCCCGAGCUCCGACGAAGGAAGGAGAGCUCCCCAUCAUCGGUUGUGCAUUUUAUGUGCUUCGACUUGACCACAAUGGUUGUUGUGAAAGAUGCUGCAGUUACCCGACCUAAGAAAAGUCAGGUUCUUGCUCCACGCCUUAGGAACAAUAAAAGGACGAGGGAGACGACCACAGAGGUUCCCAAUAACACCACUGAAGAAUUGGAUAUUGAUGAAAGAUUGGACCGGCUGGAAUCACGCGUCCUCAAGUUGCGCAGGGUCCUGUCAGAGAUGUUAGAGGAUGUAAGAAAGCUGAAAGCAGAGGUAUCACGAUUGAGAACUGGAAGGGGAGAUGCCGUAGCACCAGAGCCUAGCCUAACUGACUCUGCAUCAUCUUGCAUAACCGUAGAUCAUAGCCUCAGAAGCUGCGCAGAUUCGAGAAGCCGCCUCCAGUGAACUGUGACAGGCUUCGCCGUGAAUGUGAAGGGGAGUUCCUUGUGUUUCACUGUGGGCUCCUUUUCAGGUUACCGCAUGCUUUCUGGUUUCUCAUUAGCUGAAUUGAACGCCGGGGAAAUAACUUGUUGACCUUUUAGUCAACUAAUGUACAGAUGAAACUGAGUCUGUCUUUGGCACAAUGGACGUGCGCCAUUAAAAAUUUGGCGGAUUUAAUUUCAGAAUUGACUUUAGACAGA